UUGAAGAGUAUCUAAAUUCAAUGGCCUAGGUUUAUAGGAUCCGCCCAGCAAUGUUAUCGAUAGUUAAAACACUUUUAGUCCGUCGCUAUACUGCGGUAUUCCAGGUCAAAUAAACAAAACAAACCGAGAUGGAUGGAGUGGAGGAUCUGCGGCUGAACCAGCAGCAGCUACUGACCGAGAUCUCCGCCCUUUUGGAAACCACCACAAAGGCAAGUGAUGCCAACGCUCUGUUGCUUAAUCAGGAGAUGCAGCGUCGCCUUCUUCAAGUCAGGACCAAGAUCCUGGCUAUGCUGCAAAUGGUGCGAGCCCGAUUCGCUCGGAAUGAGGAAAUCCUGGUUCGCCGCCUUAGGCCACGCUCUCAGUACGGAACGGACUCUGUUAAUUUAAGCGGAGCGAUCUUGCGAAAGGGCACUUUCCGCUUUAAAGGGAACCUAUUCUUUCGAGACAUCGACGGCAGGAGCUGUCCUAAUAACGAGGACUACGAGACGCGCUGCCACACGGAGAUGUUCCCCACCGACUUUGAUAUGCACUCUCGUCAUGUUUGGACACUGCUGGACAAAAAGAACGUGAUCAUGGGAAUCAAACAACAGUUAAUUGACCACAGCGCUCAUAGUGGGACCACUACGCCUAAUUUAAAACGUAAGCCGACCGCUCGGCACCAAAACACGCUGGUCAGCCUGCUGGCCACAGCAGACAGCAGCUUCAGAAUCGACUGGAAUCAGAUCAGCACACUGGACUUGGAGUUUCGCCACUCUCCGUAUAGCUGUGAGGCUAUGUGGCAGGUCUACCUGCAUCCUGAUCUCAACCGCGACGAUUGGUCAGCGGAGGAAGACGACACCUUGCUGGCGGUGGCCUCUGAGAACCGGAUGCAGAACUGGGAGCUGAUAGCCGCCGCGCUGGACCGUCGAUCCGACUACCAGUGCUUUGUCCGCUUUCACACCGCGCUGCGCCACCUGCUGGAGCCAAAAACCAGCUACCGCUGGAGCGACGACGAAAACGAUAGACUCCGGGUGCUGGCCGAAAGGAAUACUGCAAAUGGCGUAAUUAAUUGGAAGAAGAUAGUGGAGUAUUUCCCGGGCAAGUCCAAGUCGACCCUAAUUGGACGUUACUAUUACGUGCUACAUCCCAGCAUCAGCCAUGAACCGUUCAGUACUAAAGAGGACAUGAUGCUGUUCGCCGCUGUGGAGGAGUACAAUGGGAAGUUUCACUGCUUUCCACGCACCCUCUUUCCAAACCGAUCCCUGGCCCAGUUGAGGACGCGCUACCACAAUGUGCUGGCGCAACGCAACAAGACUGACUCGUGGUCCGUGCACGACGACACUCAGUUGAUGAGCUUUGUCACCCAGCACGGUGCCUCUCAAUGGCUGAACUGCGCCACAUUCUUGGGCAACCACUCGCGGACCAGCUGUCGAACCCGCUUUUUGGUCAUUAAAAAGUUCCUGGAACAAAACCCCAAUGCUAAGGUAGAAGAUUUGCCUCGCCGCCGAUCCAGAAAGGUGUCUGUGGUCACUUCGGAGAAUUGGGCACAGCGAUUGCAGGAAUGGCAGGAGAACCCGGAGUCCUUAGUCAUGGCUGAAAAGAUUAAAGGCUUUCGUCAGCAAGGACCCAAAUCGAAGAAACCUAGAAUUGAUUUACCCACAAAGGCGGGUAAAUCGACCAGGUUGGCCAAGGUCGACAUGGAGUUCUGCGAGUUUUUCAAGUACAGUUACAAUCUGCCGCUGAUAUCUCCGACAAUCUUUCCACUUCCGAAAGACACCAAUAACCUUGGCUAUGUAGUUAGGGCGCUUGCAUAUAAGCCAUCCAUCCGUCCCAUACACCUCCAAAACAUCGUCAUGCCAAUCGAGCUGCUUAAGUUCUACAAUAUCAAGAUGAGAAGCCUGCCAGAAGAAAAGAACGAUUUGAAAAGUCUUUUGCCGCCUAAUUGGUCAACGAUGAUGGGUUUUCGUGCCAUGUGCAUUCUCUCCGGCGAUUAUCGCAAGCAUGACCCAAAGGGUCAGGAUUUCGACUAUGAUGAAUCUGCACCACCUAUCCAGCUCUUCCGUCAACGGUUAAGAGCCCUCUUUUAUCGCACAGUUCUUCUAAGUCGCCUGGAAUCGCAUCUCUUCACGGAUCUUCCCUCAGCUUUGUUGACUCUCCCACGACCCACUCCUGAUUUCGCCAAAAUCGGGUCAAAUGUGGUUUUGUUUGAUCCCGAAUUGGAAGAAAGGGACAAUCUUAAAUCGGAGCCUUUUAGCGAGGACGAAAUGAUGGGUACAGUAAAACAGGAAGAGGAGUAUAUAGUUCCGUAAGAAAUGUUAAAUAGAUGUAUAAGUGUAAAGUUAAGCUUUAUAAGUUUUAUUUUUACUUUAUAUCGCGUUGUAUAAUAAUUCAUUACAAUAGCUAACAAAUAAUGUAUAAACUUGUAGGUACAUUCAUUGUGUUUCACAUUUAGCAAAAACAAAUGCCGGACCGCAGGAUUACCUCAGCGAUGUGCAUUAGGGUGGCUCGAGUUUCUGAGUGAAAUAAACAAUUGUUGCUUCGCUUAGUAAAGGUCAUAUAUUACGUUUAAUCUUCCUAUGAAAUAAAUUAUUUUUUUAACCAAA